UCCAGGUCCUCCUGGACGAUCAGGCUUUCCGGGUGACAAAGGCAGUAUGGGAAUUCCUGGGAGAAUGGGCUUAAAAGGACAAGCAGGGGAGAAGGGAGCGCCAGGCGAGCCAGGUCUGUCUAUCAUUGGACCAAGAGGACCUCCUGGGCAACCUGGAACAAGAGGCUUUCCAGGCUUUCCAGGUCCAAUCGGGUUGGAUGGCAAGCCUGGACAGAAUGGACAUAAGGGAGACAUGGGUCAGCGUGGUAAUAAAGGACUCCCAGGGGAUCCUGGGCCCAAAGGAGAGAAGGGUGUUUGUGGAGAUUACACUCACCGGGGCCUCUUUGUGCAGGAACUCCCUCUGAAAACCCUGGCUGCCUUGCGCUCCAGUCAGGCUCUGACGUUAAAGCAGGGCGACCCUGGAGCGCAGGGACCCCCAGGACCUCCAGGGCCCCCCGGACCCCCAGGCCUUAACGGAGGCAGCGGCCCACCGGGUAAACCUGGUGAGCCUGGCAAACCAGGAAAAGACCCAAGGCUUUUACUGGGACUGAAGGGUGAGCCAGGUGUGCCUGGACUAAAGGGUGAUCGAGGUGAUGUCGGCACAUCAGGUCUUGAAGGCCCAAAGGGAACCAUGGGUGAGCAAGGAAUAAAGGGAGAUGAAGGAAAACAAGGUUUCCCUGGAGAGAGGGGAGAGAAGGGAGAACGGGGUUUCCCGGGCACUCCUGGGUUUAAGGGCCAGGCUGGCGUCCCUGGUACUCCUGGCAUCCCUGGAAAGAGAGGCUACAGGGGUGACAAGGGAGAGCCAAGCCUUACAGCCCAGGGAAUAAAAGGAGAACCAGGCUCACCAGGACUGCCAGGCCUCAUGGGACACAAGGGGGACAAAGGCGGCCAGGGAGACAAGGGGGAAGUAGGCCCUGAAGGUGCAGCUGGACCAAGAGGUCCUCCAGGCCCAACUGGGGAACCAGGGAAGGCUGAAAUCCAAAACAAUGAAAAUGAUAUCCGGAACAUACCCAUGAUGGGCCCCCCUGGAUUACCGGGACCUCCUGGUAUCACUGGUACCAAGGGUGAAGUUGGAUUACCAGGGCCCCCGGGACUGGACGGAGAAAAGGGACCCAGGGGGAAGCCUGGAGAGCAGGGCCCCGCAGGCCCAGCCGGUCCUGAAGGUCCCAGAGGGGAGGGUGGUGUCAUGGGCUUUCCUGGACCCAAGGGAGACAAAGGAGACAUGGGUCAAUCUGGAUCACCUGGUUUAGAUGGCCCUACUGGUGAAAAGGGGGCUAACGGGGCCCCUGGCCCUAUUGGAUUACCGGGUGCAAUGGGUCUUAAAGGUGCACAUGGAGAAGGAGGAAGGUCAGAAAUGAUCUAUGGUCCUCCAGGGCCUCAGGGACCUCCAGGACCAGUUGGCCCAGCAGGAUCUCAAGGACCUUCAGGGCCAAAGGGGGAACCAGGCAUAGGUAUCAGAGGAGAAAAGGGAGCGACAGGUCUGAAGGGCGACAAAGGAGAUAGAGGCCAUCUUGGACUUCCUGGGGCUCAUGGGUUAGACGGCAGACCGGGUCCUGUGGGUCUAAUAGGACCAGCAGGUGUUGCGGGGCCAGCAGGACCAAAGGGAGAGAGAGCUGAAAAGGGAGAUGCAGGACUACCAGGACCAACUGGGCCUCAAGGCAUCCCAGGUUUAGUAGGACCACAAGGAUUCAAAGGGAAUCGGGGAGAGAGGGGCAAGAAAGGAAACAGGGGGGCCAAAGGGGAUAAGGGAGACCAAGGAGCACCUGGAUUAGAUGCCCCCUGUCCGUUGGGAGACGACGGCUUACCUGUACCAGGAUGUUGGAAUAAAUGACGAUAACUAUGGAAUGGCUUGUGUGAUUGUACAUAGGAUAUUUAUUUUUUUACUUUACUGGUUAUAUGUGGAAAAAUAAAAUGAAAAACUCUCAAAAAGAAAUGGCAAAAUGUUUGUACAGAUUGUUUAUUUUAAUACAUAUGAUAGUGUUUAUGUAUUGGAUUGUUAUAUCUAUGCAUUGUCUUAAUAUGAUCGAUAAGUCAAAGUUAUAAUGUGGCUACAUAUGCAUGAUAUUUGUGCAUAAUGUGAACUGGAUGAUGCUUAUUAACUUAUUGUAUUAUGUUGUUGUGUUCUCUUGUAAUAGACCAUGCUGCACUGAGUUGUGGGGCUGGAAAGAUGAUGUGUUAACAUUUGAAAUGUCUUAGUUGAACUCUUCUCUUGGAGAUACAGUGUUGAAGAUAAACAUUGGCAAGCACUGCACUACGCUAAUUUCAAUUAUACUAAUUAUACAGUGACAGAAAGCUAUUUAGAGUAACCAUUUUUGUUUUUCAGGCCAUGUGGUCAUAUAGUACUGACAAACCGUUAGCCUUAAAGAUCAGACAAAUGGCGGAGAAGAUUAUGAGAUUUUUAUUUUUCAUAUUAUAACAUCAGAAAUGAUGUUCUGAUCAGUAUUAAUCUAAAUUGGAAAAAAUACCCAAACUGCUAUGGAAAUCAGAUUAAGAUACACUUUGCAUGAUAUGUUAUGCCCCCAAGAGGAGGAACUCUCAGGGGAUGUGCAAUGAUCAGGAAAACACAGAUCUUUAUUGUUUCAUCUAACGUGUUGUGCGGCUCAAGCUAAUUGAAGUAGGGUUGAUUGGAAUGGCUAUUCAAGCUUCAGGUCUCUUUCAUUUUCCACGAGGAAUCAAUUAUUCCUGAAAACCCAACACUUGUCCUGGAGGAGGGCGUCAGCCAAGAUCUCUUAAUCAUUUGAAGCUUUAAAGUUUAAGCACGACAGAUCCUGAAAACCAAAUGUUUAGUUGUACGGCAGGAAAGCAACGGCACUAUGUUUUAGCUUCUUGUAUGUUGUAGCUUCUGGUUUCAGUUCAUUGUAAAUAGUGUUGCCACAUUUUACUGACAGCUACUUCUUGCUUAAUGGCUGUCAGGCUCUGUGUAUUAACUGUAGUGUUUAAGAUUGUUUGUUUGUCUGUCCUCUAUUCUUUGGCACAGUAUACUGCCCAUGUUGUUGUAUGGAAAUAUUGCUGCUCCCCCUUAAGGCAUGCUGCUGCAAUCCUCACAUUAUCUCAUCCAUUAAUGAAGACAAAUGUUACCUGCUUGGAGAGUGGAGACCUUUUUAUAAUCAAGAACUAUAGAACAUUUUAUCCAAAAGCAUUUUUCUAUGGAGCUCAUUAAGCUAACCUCAUUAACUCUACCGAGUGCCUCAGUGUUGAAGAAAUGGACCGACUGGUUGGAGUGGAGCUUGGUCCAUUACCUGCUGCUGCUCUUUGACUAAGCUUUGUUUGUGUUAUGCUCUGCCUGGAUUUGAUGUUGCCAUGAGAGAUUGUUGUUGGAUUCAUUUCAGCAAUAAAAUAUCCUUUGUGUCCUGUUGCUGCACAGUACCUCACAUUAACUCAUUACUUAGACACUAGCAGGCCUUUGUUUUGCUGUCAUACUGAUCAUACUUACUUGUGUGCAAAUAUGUUCUGAAAUGUUCUAAUUGUUGAUUGUGUUCAAAGUGACAAUCAUUAUUAAAUAAACAUCUCUGACUGGG